UGGAUUAUAUAUCACGACUAACAUCCGGCGUCCCAAUUAUGAAUUUAUAAUGAUUUAGUUGCUGGGAGGUCUUCCACCAUGUUGUUCCUCCUGACAAUAUUUGUGGCGGUGCUGAGCGCUGAGGGAUCUAGCCUAAUUUCUGAUGAAUUGGAUCCAUCAUGGCAUGAUUUAGUCGCCGCUGGUGGCAUGCACAUCGGUCACGGCCGAACCAAACGAUUCGUCGAACUGAACAAGAAUCAGCCAAAUGUGCCCUACCAAGCCUGCCUGCUCCCGAAUGGCAAAACAGGCCACUGCCGGCAUUUACACUAUUGUAUUCAAGAUGAGUUCAAGCGAGACUUCAUGAAGUUUAUGGACUAUAUCUGUAUUAUACAACAUUCAUCAAUCGGUACUUGCUGCCCAGAUGGUAUGGGCGAAGCCGCCCCCGAAGCUUUAGCAGGAGACUUACCUGCCACCGCACCGCGAGAUGAAGAUGAAGUCAGCCAAAAAAUAUCCAACGCAGAUAACAGAGGGUGCGGUUUAAGCACUAGAGCGCAAGGUCGCGUGACGGGUGCCCGACCGGCCAACCCUCGCGAGUGGCCCUGGAUGGCGUCCAUCACGCCGCCUGGUUUCGAGCAGUACUGUGGGGGCGCCCUCAUCACCGACCGACACGUGUUGACUGCCGCACAUUGCACUAGACGCUGGAAAGCAGAAGAAUUAUCCGUGCGCCUCGGCGAAUACGAUUUCCGAAGAAGCAACGACUCCCGAUCAUACAACUUCAAAGUGAUAGAAAUAAGACAGCACGAGCUAUUCGACUCCUCAAACUACCACAAUGACGUGGCCAUCCUGAAGCUGCACAGACCAACUGUGUUUAACACAUAUGUAUGGCCGAUUUGUUUGCCACCAAGGGGAAUACAGUUGGAUAAUGAAAUUGCUACUAUUAUUGGUUGGGGAACACAGUUCUACGGAGGCCCUCACAGCGAUGUCCUCAUGGAGGUGUCAGUGCCGGUGUGGAGACACGAGGAAUGCGUGAAAGCUUUCACGGAUUCUGUGUUCGAUGAAACUAUUUGCGCAGGAGGUCGCGAAGGAGGCAAGGAUGCCUGUCAGGGUGACAGUGGCGGUCCGCUAAUGUACCAAAUGUCGAGCGGCCGCUGGUCCGUGAUAGGCGUGGUGUCGUGGGGCGUGCGCUGCGGCGAGCCGGCGCACCCCGGCCUGUACACUAAGGUCGAUAUGUACUUGGAGUGGAUAUUGGCUAAUACUGUGUUUUAGUGCACUUUGAGAAUAAAUAUAUGCAAAUGU